ACCAAAACAAACAAAUAACGCCUUGUACGGAAAGAGCGAGACUGGUACGCGAGGUGUGGGUUUAGUACAGAAACCCAUCCAUCGAACAUUCCAGAGGAAGGAAAGAAAUCUUUGAAAAUCAGGGACAUCUUGCACAUUUUCACUGUGUUUUAAACGAGCAUCAUGACUUCUAUUCCAGGCCAUUUGGCCUUUGAUGAAUACGGCCGCCCUUUCAUCAUCCUUCGCGACCAGGAAAAUGAAAAGCGGCUCACCGGUAUCGACGCCCUAAAGUCUCACAUUCUGGCAGGGCGUACCAUCGCCACAACCCUGAGGUCAUCGCUAGGCCCAAAAGGGCUUGACAAAAUGAUGGUAUCCUCUGACGGGGAUGUCACUGUGACCAACGACGGAGCCACAAUUUUGCAAAUGAUGGAUGUCGAUCAUGAAAUCGCAAAACUGAUGGUUCAGCUUUCGCAAUCUCAGGAUGAUGAGAUCGGCGACGGAACCACUGGCGUUGUUGUUUUGGCUGGUGCUCUUCUGGAGCAGGCAGAAAACCUUUUGGACAAAGGCAUUCAUCCGAUCAGAAUUGCCGACGGGUUCGAAAUGGCAGCUCAGUGCGCCAUCAAGCGACUCGAGCAGAUCGCUGACAAGUUCCCAGUUGACAAAGACAAUCUCGAGCCUCUCAUCCAGACGGCAAUGACCACUCUAGGUUCCAAAAUUGUCAACAAGUGUCACCGUCAGAUGGCUGAAAUUGCUGUGAAUGCUGUGAUGGCUGUGGCAGAUUUGGAUAAGAAGGACGUCAACUUCGAGCUGAUCAAAAUGGAAAAGAAAGUUGGUGGGCGGCUCGAGGACACCAUGCUGGUCAAGGGUGUGAUUGUCGACAAGGACUUUUCUCACCCUCAAAUGCCCAAGGAAUUAAAGGAUGUUAAGCUGGCAAUCCUUACCUGCCCGUUUGAGCCCCCUAAGCCGAAAACCAAGCAUAAGUUGGACGUCACUUCCGUUGAAGACUACAAUGCCCUGCGCAAGUACGAGCAGGAAAAGUUCAGCGAAAUGGUGCAGCAGGUCAAAGACACUGGCGCAACCCUUGCGAUUUGCCAGUGGGGCUUUGACGAUGAAGCAAACCACUUGCUUUUGCAGAGGAACCUUCCUGCGGUGCGAUGGGUUGGUGGACCAGAAAUUGAGCUGAUAGCAAUUGCCACUGGUGGUCGCAUUGUGUCAAGAUUUGAGGACAUUAGUGCCGACAAACUUGGCUAUGCUGGUUGUGUCAAAGAACUGCAGUUUGGCACCACAAAGGAGAGGAUGCUGGUGAUUGAACAAUGUCGCAACUCGAGGGCCGUGACCGUUUUUAUCCGUGGUGGCAACAAGAUGAUUGUCGAAGAGGCCAAGCGCAGUCUGCAUGACGCAAUCUGCGUCAUCAGGAAUCUCGUCAAAGACAACAGGGUUGUUUACGGAGGUGGUGCUGCAGAAAUUGCAUGCGCCAUUGAAGUGUCUGACGAGGCCAACAAGAUCUCAUCACUUGAACAGUAUGCCUUCCGUGCCUUUGCCGAGGCCCUCGAAAGUGUGCCUCUUGCCUUGGCAGAGAACUCGGGUCUUUCCCCAAUUCACACUCUCAGUGAAGUCAAAUCUCGCCAGGUCAAGGAGAAGAACCCGGCUCUUGGAAUCGACUGCAUGCUGAAGGGCACCUGCGAUAUGAAGGAGCAGCGCGUUAUCGAAACUCUGCACUCGAAAAAGCAACAGCUGAUGCUAGCUACUCAACUGGUGAAGAUGAUCCUUAAGAUCGAUGACAUCCGUUCUGCAAACGAGCCACAAGGCUAUUAAUUUUCUCCUGAAGUCGCCCAACGCUAAUUUAUCUACAAACUUUAUUGCACUUACAAGCUACUAAUUUUGUUCUAUUCGUUCAAUAAAUUGCUGCACGAAGCACCGGAAAAUUUGCCAAAAUCAUAACCAA